AUGACCUGCAUGCCCUACAUCACCGAGGUGAAGGGCUCUCUUUUCGACCUGAAAACGUCUACCCAGACCGUUUCACACUGGCGGACAUCGAGGUGCCCCGAGGUCCUUCAUGUGAGCCACAGCGACCACAUCGUGGUCGCAGUUGACGGAGCAUGCUCAAAGAACGGCAAAGACGGAGCUCGCUCAUCGUAUGGGGUGUUCUGGGGUCAUAACAACGCGCUGAACACCGCUGUGCCCGUUGAGGGAGAAGGACACCACACGAACCAGGUAGCCGAGCUACGGGCUUGCAUGAGAGCAUUGCUGGACGUGGUGCACGUCAAAUCUCUCUUUGAGGGCCAAGGGAUCACUCUUAGCGCGGUUGUCAUCAAGUCCGACUCGGAGUAUCUGGUCCGCGGCGUCACCGAAUGGCUCCCCAAAUGGAAGAGGAACGGAUGGAAGAACUCCAGGGGAUUGGAUGUGGCGAAUUGGGAACAUUUCAAGGCGAUUGAGCGUCUCACGGAGGAUUUGGAGAGACAAAAAUUAACCAUCAAGUUCUGGCAUGUACCUCGGAGGAAUAAUCGCGAUGCAGAUGCUAUGGCGAAGGCCGUCUUGAGGGGCGCCUGGAACCGGGGAUUGGGCUUGCUCCGCUCAUUCUAG